AUGGAUCUACCAAGAGGAUAUCACGGUGCUAGCGCAGGCGCUCAACGUUUCUACCCGUAUGAGGCCAGCUUCGGCCAAAGAGUGACUUGCCUACGACGAUAUCUGCGAUCCAAAGAAUUGAAAUGGCUUGAAAUUGACAUUUUAUUGAUUGUGGAUGACAUUCGUGAAAGCUAUCAAAUCCGAGGAAAUCUCAACAAUGAUUUCUACGAAUCCCUAGUCGAAGAUGAUUGGGAGAUCCGAGGUCAGACCCGGCUUAACCAAGCUAUGAUUGUGAAGCUUCGAGACCGUCAACGAGGGCUAGAACUGCUGAAUGACGCUCGAGACAGCUAUACGAAGGCAAACUCCUAUUCUGGUACACUGUACGUUGCUCAUCGUCGCGUCCACCUGAGCACCGAGAAUCCGGACAAGACUACUCCACAAGUUCCGGUCGGCUGGAAUGAUCACCUUGUUUUUCGAGAUUCAAAUGAGGUCAUGGGCUUCAUAGUCAACGAUCCCGAGCUAUUGGGACUGGAAACUAGAAUAGCAGCAGAACAAUUUAUGGUGGGGGUUGCUGAGUAUCAGAACCAGUUCGUGAGAGAGCAAUUUAGGUUCCUUCAGGGCCAAGUUGCGAACAGCGACAUGAUUGGCAUGCUCUGGCGAUCUCGAAACAUCCUCAGGUCGUACCUCAAGAAACACCCGUCUGCGGCAACGCCAAAGCUUCAUGCCAUCGCGCUCGACAGUCUCGCACGUUUCUAUUGUCCUUCAAGUGAUUACAACUGGCUAAAGUUAGUCUCUAAGUACGUUGCUGAAGGCUGGCCGAAUCUGCUUGAGGAGAAAGAGGUCCUCAUUGAUUAUAAAGGCAAAAUAACCCGAGAAUAUUCGCCUUCGGAAGAAGGCGGACCCGUCGUACGCAGUUCGGUUGAAGGUGCCACAGACCAAGGCAAGCAAGUUAAACUUUCGAUUACCAUGUCAUUUGCCUCGACUGUGUAA